AUGACGACAUCAACAACAGCAACACGCUCCGCGCCACCCUCAGAAUCUGUUCGCCCAGCAGCACCUACAGCAGCAGACCAAGCGCGACCCACAGGGUCACCCAAGCAGACGAAGAAGCACGUUGGCAAAUCAUCACGCCCAGCACCAACUCAUUUCCUCGCCCUACCUCUCGUGACUCCCUCAUCAAUCCCCCAGUUGGCGCGCAGCGUUGCACGUUUUCAGGACCUGACGACCGCGUCGCGCUUCCAGCCUCAGGCACUCGAGGGACGGGAGAGGGAGCAGGAGACGCCGGAGCGCGAUAACGGCGAUGCUGGUUGGACGGGUGCUAAAGAUGGCGUGACAGGGAAUGGGGAGUCAAUGAGGAUUAUCCCGAAGCAGGCGCACAGGCCUCCUGGGACGCUGCAUUUGACGUUAGGCACGAUGGUGCUUGACGGAGACGGGGACAAGUGGGAAGCUUUGAGGAUUCUGAGGGAAGUUGAUUUCGGGGCGAUUCUGAGCCGAAUCAGCGCGGACCAAGGCGUGAAAGACGUGGAAAAGGCUGGUGAUGAAGUACAAGGGGCAAUAGGGGCCAAAAGUGGCCGACACGAAACGGAAGCUGAGGCAGGCGGUGUGAUGGAAGCCGCUGAACACGUUGUUACAUCGCUACAGACACUAGCUAGACCGGUAUCUCCUCCUCCAAAACCAUCGUCGCUCAGUGGCACGUCGAGAGUCGCCACCUCGACCAGCACGAUCACCACCACUACCGACGCCGCGGCAUCCAGCACACCACCCCUACGCAUUUCACUCCGUGGCCUCGGGACUUUCCCCUCUCCUCGCAAAGCCCGUGUCUUCUACGCCUCACCCCAUGAUCCCACUGCCCGCCUUCAGCCAUUUGCUGAAGCAAUACAGCAGAGAUUCAUUGAGGCGAGAAUCGUCGCGAAGGAGGACCGAGCUCUGACUUUGCACGCCACGGUCGCAAAUCUAAAGUACGUCAGAGCGCCACGCUGGCAGGGUGGACGUCGCGGUGAGAGGCGUAGCAGCAGCAGAUUUAAAGCGAAGGAGAGGAAGGAGAUCGAUGCGAGGGACUUGGUGGAGGUGUUUGAGACGAGUUUCGGGGAUGUGGAGGGUGACGAGAAGAAAUCUUUUGUUUGGGCGGAGAACAUUGUGGUUGAUAGAGUGAGGAUCUGUAAGAUGGGGGCGGUAAAGAGCGAGGAUGAAGUCAUGGGGAUGGAGUAUCCUGCUAUACGGGUGCCGGUUGAGGGGGACGGCGCUGCGGAUGGGGAGGUUGCGGAGGUCCGGUUUUUUUAG